UUCUCAUUAUGUCUCGUAAUUCUUUACGCGUCGCACGUUGUUCCAUUACAUUUGCGUCUCAAAAUGAAAGAAGACGAUACGCAAAACAUUAAAAAAUCAAAACUUAAAAAAUCGACGAGUAGUGGUUCUUCUUUUAUUAAGAAAUUAAAAUUGAAAGGUUCGCAAAACCAAAAGAGUGGAGUUUCCACACCGAGUAUUUCUUCGUCUGUGGAGAGUGAAGAGAAAGCUUCCUCUUUACCCGAGGAGGAUACCAUUGAUAACGUGAGGAGGCAGUCGCCGGACGGGACCGCCUCCGAUACAAAUCUCACUGACAAUUGGAAGUCGGCCGAAAAUUUGACGCUAGAUUCAGAGGAAGCCACGAAUACAGAAGACGCUAAAUUGAGCAGGAGUCAAGUAAACGUCGAGAUUGUACAAGUGCAAAAUUAUACAGAAGAAAAACAGGAAGAUAAAAAGAAGAUUAAUAAAAAUAAAAGUGUGGAGGUUGAAAAAAUCAAAAAAGAAGUCUUAAAGGAAAGAAUCAGAUCUUUAGAGGAUAUUCAAGCGAUGCCUGCGUUUGGAGAAUUGAUUGUUGAUACAAGAGUGUCCAAUAAUCUUAGUGCUUCCAAGCCAACGAAAGACCACUUGUAUAAAAUCCUCGUUAUUGGUGACCUAGGGGCCGGAAAGACCUCCAUUAUCAAGAGAUAUGUCCACGAUUUUUUCUCGCAGCAUUAUCGGGCUACAAUCGGCGUGGAUUUUGCGCUGAAGGUGUUACAUUGGGAUGCCAACACUGUGAUUAGGUUACAGUUGUGGGAUAUUGCAGGACAAGAACGAUAUGGAAACAUGACAAGAGUGUACUACAAAGAAGCAGUGGGUGCCUUUAUUGUUUUUGAUGUAACUAGAUCCAACACAUUUGAGUCUGUGUCAAAUUGGAAGGCGGACUUGGACUCCAAAGUGCAACUCCCUGAUGGAUCAUCAAUUCCAUGUGUUUUAUUAGGAAACAAGUGUGAUCAACAAAAGGAAGGAAUUGUUAAUAAUCCCAACAAAAUGAACGAAUUCUGCAAGGAGAAAGGCUUCUCUGCUUGGUUUGAAACCUCAGCCAAAGAAAAUGUCAACGUGGAGGAAGCAACAAGAUCAUUAAUUAAUGAAAUCUUAACCAAUGAUGUAAUAAAUGCCAAUCAUAACCAAAGAGACAGAGAGCAAUUCACAUUAACAAAUAAUAAAAAAGACGACGAGAAGAACCAGAAAUGCUACAAGUGCUGAAUUUGCGCAAGCACUCAAUCUCACCAUCAUUAUUCACAACGUGAAAUGCGUAAAUGUAACUUCGAACGAAACAAAUGACAAAUGCCUGAUUCUGACUGAACUUAUGCACUGAAUUGAGUGAUUCGCGUGCUUUUACAACAAAUGAACACCACGGUUCAGAUUAAUUAAUGCCUUAAAUAUACAUGACUAUUGAAUUUACUCUACUUUUGUAUCGAUAUACUUGUCAGUAAAACUGUAAUGCUUAGUUUAUAGCGAAUAUGUAUUGUUAAUCGAGAUUUAAAUAAAAUUUAUUAUUCUUACCGAAAUAA